ACGGUCAUAUUUCUUCACAACACAAUCCAGGUAACGAUCGAUAAUCUAUAAGAAAUUCUACCCAGCGGACUUCAGACUCAAAAUAUAAAAGACGAACUUGAUAACUUUAACUGUAUAAGUUAACACAAUGGACAGUAACCUGAUAAGAUGUAAAAGGGUGACAAAAGAAGACUAUGAGAAAGUGAUGGCUAUAUUUCCCCCAUCUGAGAUAUAUAACGGCGGUGAUUCUCUUCCUGAUUAUUUCCAUAUGUUAAUUGAUUUACCAAACAACGAGAUGUAUGCUGCUGUCAUCGGAGAUAAAUUUGUAGGAUUUACUUUAAUGACAACUGUAGAUGAUGGGAGAAGUAUAGUUACUAGGGCAGUUAGAGUCUCCAAAGAAUACGCUGGUAAAGGAAUUGCUGGAAUAAUGUUGAAAUGGAUGGAUAUAGGACAACCUCUUUACCGACCGGAAGUAAUAUGGCAUAAAAUUACAGGAAAUAGAACACAUUCACCACUACUUCAACUGAUUAACAAAGGAACAUACAACAAAAUAUCACAACAACUACAUGAUAAACAGUAUAAGGAGCCACCAAAAGGACAAUUAAAGGCAAAAGAAACCAAAGGAAGAAUAAAAAAUGUUCAAGAAAAAUCUGUCAUUCUAACGCUUGUAUUUGACAAUCACUUAUUCAUUUCAACGGAUACUCAGAUUUGUAAUAAUCAGUUUCAACCGAGAUGA